AUGCAGGCGCGCCGCCUGGCCAAGCGCUCCAGCCUGGGCGGCCGCCGCGGGGGCCCCGCGCUGCCCCCGCCGGGCCGGGCGCCCGAAGGCGGGAGGCCGCCGCCGCCCCGGAGCGCGGGGCCCGGCCCCCCUCGGGCCGCCGGGGCCGCCCUGUCGCCGGCGCUGCUGCUGCUGGGCGGGGAGGACGAGGAGGAGGAGGGCGCGGGCCUGCGGCGGGGGCGCGGGCGGCCGCCGGAGAGGCCCCGCGGGGGCGCGGAGGACGGGGACGAGGACGAGGACGACGAGGAGGAGGGAGUCAUCGAGGCGGACGGCGACGAGGACGAGGACGGCGAGGAGCGCUUCCCGCCGCCGGGCCCCGGCCGCGCGGUGCCCCGGGGCCUGGCGCGGGGCGCGGGGAAGGUGGGCAGCAUCAAGCGGGACAUGACCUUCACGUUUCAUCCGGAGGACCUGAAACGGGACUCGAGUAAAAAGCUGUCUCACCAGCCCUGGUUCCCCUUGGCCAUGGAGGAGGACGGGAAAGCCGCCGACAGCAGGCCGGCCCCCCGCGCCCCGGACCACGACAGGGACAGCGCCCGCUCCGUCUGCCUCCUGGAGCAGAAGCGGAAAGUGGUCUCCUCCAGCAUCGACGUGCCCCCGGCAAGGAAGUCCUCGGAGGAACUGGACAUGGACAAGGUGACAGCGGCCAUGGUACUCACCAGCCUGUCCACGAGCCCUUUGGUCCGCAGCCCUCCCGUGAGGCCGAACGAGAGCAUGAGUGGAUCCUGGAAGGAGGGCGGUGCCCCGUCCAGCAGCUGCAGCAGCGGCUACUGGAGCUGGAGCGCCCCCAGCGACCAGUCCAACCCGUCCACGCCGUCGCCGCCGCUGUCCGCCGACUGCGCCAAGCCCUUCCGCAGCCCCGCGCCCGACGACGGCAUCGACGAGGCCGAGGCCAGCAGCCUGCUCUUCGACGAGCCCAUCCCCAGGAAGAGAAAGAACUCCAUGAAGGUGAUGUUCAAGUGCCUCUGGAAGAACUGCGGGAAGGUGUUGAGCACCGCGGCCGGGAUCCAGAAGCACAUCCGGGGCGUCCACCUGGGGCGUGUUGGGGAGUCUGACUACAGCGACGGGGAAGAGGACUUCUACUACACGGAGAUCAAGCUCAACACGGACGCGGUGGCAGACGGACUGGGCGGCCUGGCCCCGGCUUCGCCCUCCCAGUCCCUGGCUUCGCCUCCCACCUUCCCCAUCCCGGACUCAAGCAGAACGGAAAGCCCUGGUGCCAAAGCCGAGACGAAACUGAUGACGCCCUUGAGCCGCUCGGCCCCGACCACCCUCUACCUCGUGCACACCGACCACGCUUACCAGGCCACGCCCCCCGUGACCAUCCCAGGAUCGGCCAAGUUCACCCCCAACGGCAGCAGCUUCAGUGUCUCCUGGCAGUCACCUCCAGUUACCUUCACAGGCAUUCCAGUGUCGCCGACGCACCAGCCCCCCGGGGGCCCGGGAGAGCAGCGGCAGCACGGCCCCGCGGCCUUGUCCUCCCCGCCCAGAGUGACGGUCGGCCUGAGGAAGCCCCGGGGAGAGGGCAAGAAGUGCCGGAAGGUGUAUGGCAUGGAGAACCGGGACCUGUGGUGCACCGCCUGCCGCUGGAAGAAGGCCUGCCAGCGCUUCCUGGACUGA